UGUUCGGCUCCUUGGUUUACGUCAAAAAUAUCGAAAUUUCCUGUAAACCGUUGGAAUAAUGAGUCACAAAAAUACACAAUUAUAAAAGUGAUUUUUGCGCAAUUUAGACGACAAUUGCGUUUUCUUUAAUUAUAUUAAUGUUGGCUAAUAUUGCAAGUAAUUUUUGGAGAAAUGUCUUUUUGAUAGCCAUACGAUAUUUUUUUAUCGGUACGUAAAUUUGGACACUAAAAUUUGAUAAUUCUCUGUAAUUCUCUUCCGCUCACCUGGCAGCACUGGCUGUCACUGUCAGUCAAUUCAUUUGUCAAGUCAACUGCCAAGUUCACGUGUUGUGGCUUUUCACAAAUAAUUUUGUUUAAAUAAAACUUUAAUAACAACACCAAACAUGAGUUUUGAAAAUAAACUAGAAGAAUUAGCCAUGAAACUGUUUGCUAUCGAUGCUGUAAAGUUUGGGGACUUUAUGACCAAAAGUGGCAUAAAAACACCGGUGUACUUUGACUUGAGGGUUAUAGUCAGUUAUCCCGAUGUAAUGGAAUUGAUAUCAACUCUACUGUACGACUUUGCUGUAAAGAGUAGUAAUUGUAAUCAUUUAUGCGGCGUCCCGUAUACAGCUCUGCCAGUAGCUACGUUGCUCAGUAUCCAAGCUAAAAAGCCUAUGCUCAUGCGGCGUAAGGAAGCAAAAGGGUAUGGAACAAAGAAAAUGAUUGAAGGGCAUUAUAAGGCUGGAGAAACCUGUCUUAUUAUUGAAGACGUAGUGACUUCCGGCUCCAGCGUACUGGAAACAGUUAAAGAUUUGAAUAAAGAAGGUCUUAAAGCAGAAGAGGCUGUCAUUAUAUUGGACCGGGAGCAGGGUGGCCGACAAAAUCUUGAGUCGAAUGGUGUUCAAAUGAAAGCAUUAUUUACUAUGACGCAAUUUAUUGAUAUUCUGGCAAAACACAAAAAAAUCACUGCUGAAACUGCUGAGAAUGUUAAGGAAUAUUUCAGAACUACUAAAGCACCAGCUACUAAAGAGCCUGUAGAUAGGACUGCACUGCCUUAUGAGAAGCGAGCAGAGCUUGCUACAAACCAGAUUUCAAAACAGCUGUUCCAAAUAAUAGCACAGAAGAAAACCAACCUCUGCAUCUCAGUGGAUUUGACAUCUACUACAAAAAUCCUAGAUUUGCUUGAAAAAGUUGGAGCACAUGUGUGCUUAGUCAAAACACAUGUAGACAUCAUUGAAGAUUUUAAUUCCGAUUUUGUAACGCAAAUCAAGCAGCUGGCUCAGAGAUUUAACUUUUUAAUUUUGGAGGACAGGAAAUAUGCAGAUAUUGGCAACACUGUGGCUCUCCAGUACUUGAAAGGGCUGUACAAAAUUGGGGAGUGGGCGGAUUGUGUGACAGUACAUUCCUUGCCUGGGGAAGGUAUUUUGAAAGCUUUGAAUGGGUCCACAAAUGGAGUCAGUAGAGGUGUCUUUUUAUUGGCCGAGAUGAGCAGUGAGGGCAACCUGAUCACACCAGACUACACCAAAGCAACAGUAGAAAUGUCAGCAAAGUACCCAGACCUGAUCACCGGCUUUGUUUGUCAAAACAAAAACACUUUCAAAGAUCCAGGUCUAAUCCAGCUGACACCUGGAGUACAGCUGGAAACGUCAGGGGACAGCCUGGGCCAGAUUUACAAUACUCCAGAGAAGGUUAUUCUGGAGAAGGGUGCGGAUAUAGCAGUGGUGGGCAGAGGCAUUGUGGCAGCGAAGAGUCCGGAAACACAGGCUAUUGUUUAUAAAGAUGCUCUUUGGAAGUGUUAUAUGAAGAGAAUCUCUGGGAAAAUGGAGUAAAACUUAUUGAGCCUACCCAAACAUUUUCGUGUUGCCAACAAAAAAGGUGGCAAAUAGAGUUGAGACGCAGAAUUGAUCGGCAUCCACAGAUAUUUUGAAUUUUGGUGACAAUAAUGUGUGACUAGACUAUAUUAACCAUGUUAGAGUUAGACCAUGCUAAGUUGGCAGCAAUUUUGAUAAUUAUGACGUUUAAAAUAACACUUCUACAGUCUGUGCUAUCAAAAUUGCUGCCAUCUUGGUCUAACUCUAAGAAUCUGCAUAAUUAUAUUAUGUAUAAUAUUAUAAUAAUUAAGUAUUAAAGAUAAAGAAUUAUUUGUUGACCACAUUCUAAACAAGUUAGCUGUGAUAAUAGUUCCUUCCGAUUUGGUGCUAUUCAUUGCCAUUAACUAUACAUUUCAAUGUAUACAUUCCUACGUUUUUAACAGUAUAUUUGUAGAUUGUUUCUAAGAUUAAGUAGACCUUUGAUAGUUUUGAUAGUAUGGAUAAUGUUUUCUAUUAUAAAAUUAAAUUAGUGUAUUUAU